AUGGUGAACUCGGCGGAGCCGUCGCCCGCGGCUUUCCCUUCGGAUCUCACCAAGGAAGGCGGUGCUACGGAGGCGGGGGGCAGGGCCGCGGAGAUGGUUCCAAUGUCGUCGAGUGCCCACCGCGGGAGGCUGAUGUCGCUACCAUCAAUGCUCAAGCCCUGGGGAAGCCAAUGGCUGCUGCGGUGUGUUCCCGUGAACCGCCAUGGCGAACCCAUCGCCCUGGACACGGGAUCCUCCUCGGAUCAGCAAUAUGAGGUCAGCGAGAGGCUACAGCUUGGCGUCGGCAAAGUGGAAGAGGCGCCGGGCACUGGCAACCCCAAAGUCGACAAGUACCCUGAGGUCACCGAGGAGGUUUCUCCACAGCUAUUGAAGGCACGCCCUGGCCGCCGCCGCCACCUUGCUAUGCCAUCCCACGCGGCCACGACCGUCGUGAGUGCAUCGUCGCAGGCAUUCGAGCGCGAGCGGAGGUCGGUCCGCGCCGAUGCGCUCAACAGGCCACGAUUCUCCAUAUCACUCUCCGCGGAGGAGAUUGAGGAAGACAUCUACGGCCUCACCGGCGCACUCCCAUGUAGUCGCCCUUGCCGUCGGCCCCGCAAAGUGCAAAAGCAGCUCGAUCUGCUAUUUCCUGGCACGCGGUUAUCGCAGAUCAACGUGGAGUCCUACCGGGUGCCGGACAAUCGCUGA